AGUAUCUGCAUAAAAAAAAUUGUCCAGAACAAAUACAAUAUUAUGUCAAGUUGACCAAAAAAAAGAUAAAUAAACACGAUAAGAUAAAAGAGAUAACUGCCUGCUAAAGUGUACAUAAAAGAUAAAGGUAAAUAUUUUUGGUCUUCAUUGUCACGGACCAGGCCCUAUGCUUGUUGAUAUGAUAGAUGCUAUAAUUGCUCUACUCUCUGAUGGUUUGAGCCUUUGAGGUGCAAACCCUAGGCUUGUUUAUGUGAAUAGAUGCUGCUUCUGUGAUUAUUUUUGAUUAUGCGAUGCUUGAAAGCUAAGUGUUGUCCAUGAAUCCAUUUAGUUUGAUUAUGACUGCAUAGUAGUGCCAUGUAUUCAAAAUGUUUCAUGAAUUUCACGUUAUUAUGAAUUUUCUACUUCUUCAACCAGUUUGGGUGGCAUGCCAACAACAAUAGGCUCGGCGAAGUGUAAACUUUUCAAGUUUUUAAUAAUCUUGUUCUAUGUUUGUGAUAGCAAUCGAUGCAGAGGUCAGAGGUGUUCCCUCCUUCUCGACAAAAAUGAGAGACAGAGAGAAGAAGAGAGAAGUGGCCUGUUACAUACAUAUACGAUGGGUGCGUGUAUCCUGUCCUCCCUAUGGGAAUCAAUCUGCCUUGAUACUCUUUCCUUUUGCUUUCUGGCCACACAUAUAACCCACUUCUCCGAGCACGCCUACAUGCCGAUGUAGCUAGAGCUAGGUAUGGAGGAUCUAGCUGAGUGAUUUAUCACCCAGCAAGGAAACUAGAGAUGGUGGAGGCUGCCAUAGUGGGAGCCAUACUGAGCGGAGCGCUCGGUACACUGCCGACGCUGUUGACAUUCAUACGUGACAAAAGGAACAGUCAGGUGCAAGAGGAUGUUAAUUCCAUCAAGCGCCAGCUUCAGCGUAUGCAGGGGUCCAUUCUGCAUCCUUUAUGGAGAGGCGAAGAAACCAGUGAUAUACGGAGGCUCUGGAUCGUGCAACUCAGAAAGCUGGCGGACGAAAUUGAAGACUGCAAGCACCGCUUCCAGUUCGGGCAGACCACCGGCGGUGACAACUAUUAUGCCAUAGAGAUUGGUCAACUCAAGCAGAAAGCAGAUCAUACGUCUGAUAUGCUAAAAAGAUAUGAAGAGCAGGCGAGCAAAUCCUCAAACAUGGGAAAAGAUGCUGCUGCGUCGAUGGAUGAGGGUAAGCAUCUCCUUGCUCUUGUACAGGACCAAUCGGAGAACAGGGUGAAGGUGAUCGCUGUAGCUGGCUUCGGUGGCCGGAAGACUGAUAUUGCAAGGCAAGUGUACACGAAUGAUGAAGUCCAGCAGCAAUUCAGUCAGCGGCAAGCCUGGGUUAGCGCGGCGGGCAAGACAAUGAAUGAAGUUUUGACGGAGAUACUCAGCAAAGUACCCCCUGCUGGGCUGCGGGGCUGCUGGGGCAUGCCCAUCCUGAGCUGUUUUUUCCGCAAAAAUACGCCGGUCCUCCCUCCUCCCGGCUCCGACUUGAAGCGUCAGCUCAUAUCACGCCUAAGCGAUAACAAGUAUUUGAUUGUAAUUGACGACGUGGCAACAGAAGAGUUGUUCAAUACAAUAUCUGACUUCCCUUGGCCUUUGGAUGAAAGAGUGCACGGCAGAAUUAUCGUGACCACGGCCAUCUGGUCAGCAGCAGGACCCUGCAGUUGUGGUGACAACAAUCUACCACCACUUGCUCCAGAUAUCAGCACACCCAUGGUUUUGGUUCAAGAGGUUGGUCCAUCAGUGACUAAUACAAGGCCGGUGUUGUCAGAGGCCCGCUUCAAACUAUGUGCGUCCGCUCUAGCAAGAACGCAAGGGUCGUAUACCAGUGACUACAAGGGUGUUGCUCUCGAGGACUGCUUGCUGUAUUUCACCAUGUUCCCACGCCAUCGCGAUGUCUCAAGGAAUCGUCUAAUAAGGCGGCUGCUGGCUGAAGGACUACUUGAACAUGCAGUGCCAGUCCCUGGGGAUGCAUACCGUUCUCCUCAUGAUAUCGUGGACGAGCUUUUGGACAAACUCAUCAGCAGCAAUUUUAUCGAGACCAGUAAAAAAAGCAACAAUGGGAAGGUGAAGAGAUGCAAAACUCCUGGUGUGGUGUUUAACUACAUUUGUGCCAAGGCCGUGGUCGAGAAUUUUAUAACCUUAAUGUGUGGUGCAAGUCAGAAUCAGACCACCCAACAGCGAAAUAUUCGCCGGCUUUCUCUCCAUCCUUACAGCGGAGCUGCAAAUGGUGGAGUCGUAAUGCCAGAUGUAUGUUCUCUCCGGACUAUGGUGGUCUUCCCAACCGCCAAUGCCGGAUAUGGUGAUAUAUUGAAUUUUGACAACCUUAAGCUACUGAGGGUGUUGGAUCUGAAAGAGUGUGCUCAUGUGAAUAAAGACCAUCUGAGAAGAAUAUGCGAGCUGUCGCUGUUGAAAUAUCUGAGCCUCGGGGACAAUAUCGGUCGGAUUCCGAAGAAAAUAUGGCGGCUGCAAGAGUUAGAGACACUCGAGACGAGGACAACUGGUGUAGUGACGAUGUACCCAGAAGUACUCAUGCUGCCCAAAUUGAAACACCUCCUUGGGAAGUUUCAGCUAUCUAAAGAGUUAAACCUGAUGGAUGGGGCAAAGAAGCUUCUUGGGAUGAAGAAUGAUUUUUCUGCUCUUAAGGUUUUCUUGGGGACAAAAUGUGUCUUGGGCACCCUAGCAGGAUUUGUCGUUGGCGACGGCAAAGGAAUUCCACAACUGUUUUGUCAUAUGGGACAGUUGAGGAAGGUGAAGAUAUGGUCUGAUUUCACCAAAAUCGAGGAGACAGAAUUGACUGGGCUUAAGGAAGGCAUCGAGGAAUUCAUGAGUCGAGGAAUCAGUAUGCCCACUGUUGAUUACUCCCUGUCUAUUGAUCUCAAGGGGUGCUCAAAAUCAUUCCUUGAUUUCCUAGGAUAUCCUGGCAGGCUUACCUCGCUCAAGUUGACAGGUGAUCUGGCACAAUUCGGUUUGGUUUAUCCAAAGCCGAACCUGAAUAGUCUACAUGAGCUGUGCCUCUCAAUGACUGGUCUAAGCGCGGCUGCAAUCCAAAAAGGCCUGAGUAAGUUGACAUGUCCACUGAAAUUUCUCAAGCUGGUUGAGAAAGAACUUGGGGGGCUCUCAAUGCUAGACCAUAUUCUUCCCUUCGCAAGACUGGAGCGGAUUUGCCUUGUGGGCGAGCAAAGUCUCCACAACAUAACGAUUCGAGAUCUGAGUCAGCUUGCCUCACUCCAUUUGCUCUGUGCAACUCUAGGUGAUCUUCCCGGCAUCGAGAUCGAAAGCCUCGAAAGUCUAAAGGAAGUCGGACUCCAUUCUGGAGUUGCUGAUAAAAUAAAAAAGGAAUGGGAAACUGCUGCAAGCCGCCAUCGCCCUAAUCUCAAAAUUGUGUCCAUUCAGACACUUUAAUGCAAGUUGGUCCAAAUCCUCCGCUAAGAAUCAUCAGUGCGACGUGCAGUGGAAAGAGUUACGACGAGCCAAUGACUAGAAGCCAUAAUAGCUUCCGGUUCUGCAAUGUCGUUGGUGCAUUACUAUUUCCCUCUUUUGGUAUCAACAGUCCAGUUGAUUUUACGAGAAAGUUCACUAUAAAUGUUAUCUCUUGCUUUUGGGUGUGCAGUGUGUGAUUAAGUUCCUCCCCUGCUUGCUAGUCCUGAUAUAUAUGGUUGUAUUGUAUCUUAAUUUUUCUUCUGCUUUUGGUGCUGUUGUAAAGAACCAUGCUAUUAAUAUUGCCGCAUCUUCUGUUUUGUGUGAGAUCCUACUGUUUCUGUAUUGUGACAUUGUGUACUAUGGAAUAAAAGUCUGAGAUGGGCUAGCUUGCGAAGCA